AUGAAGUCUUCAUCACGGGCUGCUACACACUGCAAUGAAGACUUGGCGAUUGUGAGAAUGCAGCCACCGGUGCACAAGGAUGACUUUGGUGAACUGAAGACUGCGCUCAGAACCUUCUUCCAUGAUAUCCACCAGGUUCGCACUGUUGAAAUCCAACCUUGUGCCCUCAGUGAUGCUUACGUCAGAUUCAAUAGUGCUCUGGAUAGAGAAAGAUUUAUUGGUCCAGUCUUUCGUUUUGGAAACUAUGCCAUGUCAGUGAUUAAACAUGAUGAAGCUGAGAAUGCACGUAGCUUUGAUCUGGAUAGAGAGGCUUGGGUUUUGUUGGUUGGGUGCCCAGAAGAUCUUAAGGACUCGGUUGGCAUAGCUAAGGCUGUUUCGGGUUUUGGCAUUUUGGUACACUGGCAUGAACCUGACAACCUUGCUAGAGUAGUUGCAAAAGUUUACCUGAAUGAUGAUUCUAAAAUCCCUGAUUCAGUGAAAGUGAAUGCUGGGCUUCCAGGCCCAACUAAUCUCUGGCAGCAGCACCUGGCCCCCCAAGGGAACAUUGGGACCAGCUCUGUUCAUGUGAACCCUGUGCCCAACCUUGUUCAGAUUGCAGCAGCAACAGCUCCCAAACUCAAGUCUGUGAUUGUUGGACCCUCAGCUGCAUAUGACCCCAUCAUUCCUGUGGUUCCCUCUCUCAUUAAGCAGCUUGGUGGACCUGCCCUGGAAAAGAUAGCUCUGGACUACUUUGAGGAAGAUGAUGAAGAGCCUGAGAUGGUGGCACAAGAAAUAGAAGAGGAAGAUGAGAUGAUGGCACAAGAGGAGGAGGAACCUAAUAUGGAGAUGGAAGAAAAAGAGGACUCUGACCUGGAGAUGCUGGAUGGUCCACCCCCUAUCUUCAUGACUCCUAAGAAGAAGAGGGUGGUCAAGGUCAAGGAAAAGUUAGAUGAUGAAUUCCUGAGGCGCAACAAGAGAGUCUCCCAUAAGCUUGGUGGCUUCAAAGAUGCUGACAGUGCCACGAAGCACAAGGAAGCUAAGGGAGAAAAGAAAAAGCCCAAUGAACCAAAGAAGGCCAUGAAGCCCAAGGGGACAAAAAAGACCAAGAAGUCAACUGGUGCAACUGCUGAAGCUGAUGUUGAUGAGCCUAUUCCCCUUGCCAUGAUCCCUUCAGCGGGCACAGAGAUUGCCCCACACCUCUCCAAGGAGGUCCUGGAAGGCAUUGGGCAGGGCUUCCUGCAGAUCCAGCCUACGGCUGUUUCUGCUACGCUUCUGGACAAUGAUGACCUCGAUGAUUAG